GGAGUUUACCAUCAAGAUAUAUUCUGCGAAUACCGAGUGCUGUUUCUUGUGAGAUCACUGAUCGAUAUCUGAUUCAUGGCAGCUCCAUUAUAUACUACAGCCUCUGGGCUCCUGUGGCAUGCAGGUAAAAUCCUCAUCUUGACGAUAGGUCUCCCAGCCCGCGGGAAGACACAUAUUUCGCGAGCCCUGGAACGUUAUUUGCGAUGGAUGGGAGUCAAGACUCAGGUAGUAUCACUGGGCGACUAUCGUCGCAAAACAUUAGGAGGGGCUCAGAAGCUUCCUCCUGAUUACUUCACUUUAGGAGAAAAGUCUCCAGAAACUAUCGCAUUGAGGAAGAUGGUAUCCGAUGGCUGUGAAGAGCUGAUAUGGAAUUUCUUCGAGAGCGGAGGUCAGGUUGUGAUAUAUGACGCUAAUAAUGGCACGCGCAAGGGGCGGGAGACAUUGGCUGAAAAGUUUGGAAAAGCUGGCAUACAUGUGAUCAUGCUAGAGUCAUUUUGCGAUAACAAAGAAAUCAUCGAAACAAACAUCCGUAAUGUUAAGAUAUCAUCUCCUGAUUAUCGUGGCUGGGAUCCCAACAAGGCUGUAGAGGAUUACUAUGGUCGAAUUAAAGAUCGAGAACGAUCCUAUGAACCGGUUGAGGAAACAACAUGGCCUUUCAUUCGUAUCAUUAACGUUGGGGAGAAGAUAAUGGUUCAUAACAUUCGAGGUUACCUUCAGUCAAGGAUCAUCUUCUUUCUGAUGAAUAUACAUAAUAGAUUUCGCAUGAUCUAUUUUGCCCGAUCGGGACAAUCGCUUAUUGAGCAUUCUUACAAAGCUGAUUCUGAUCUCUCCCCCGCUGGGUGGGAGUAUUCCGAGAAGCUGAAAGAAUUUGUUCUCAAGAGACGUACUAAGUCUCUGGAACAAAGGGGUUACAGCGCCGAUGAUCGCCGACUAGUGAUCUGGACAUCGACUCGACGUCGUGCACAUCACACCGCAUGGCCCUUCCUGGUCGCAGCACAAACGGCGACCCACACACCCCAUCUUACUGUAGAAGAAUCUAUGGCAACUUCUGCUGAGGCCUCUACUUUGAGCGAAGUCGCAAACAUCCCCACGCUUAACGUCAAAGUCGUGGAGAAACCCCAGAUGUCCGAGAUCAACCCUGGUGUUUGGGAUGGUCUCACGCCGGACACAGCUCGAAAGUACUAUUCUGAUGAAUGGAAGCGAUUUGUUAAAGACCCAUAUGCAUUCCGUGCACCAAGGGCUGAAAGCUAUCAUGACUUGAGCGUGCGAUUGGAGCCUAUACUGAUAGAGCUGGAACGCGAAAAGGAAGACCUCCUCAUCAUAGGCCACUCUUCUGUCAUUCGUUGUCUCCUGGCGUAUCUCAUUGGAAUGCCUGCAUCCGAGAUUCCCGCCAUAGAAAUUGCACGUGGAGACCUGCUUGAAGUUGUUCCGUCUUCGUACGGUGUAGACAGCCAAGCCUUUCACUUCUGGGAUGGUCCUGGCCGACGAGGGGAAGAUGGAGGCUCAGGAGAAACUUCCAAAGAUGAAACAAAUUUCUACGAGAAUUAUGCUGAGGAUACAAAAGGAAAAAGGAGGAUUCAUAGGGAAGAAGAGCUCGAAGGAGACAAGAUUUAAUCAUAUAAGAAGGUAUAAAUGGCUGAUAGGCAGUAGAGAAUAAUUUUUGUACAGAACGAGCAUUUGGCAUUUGUAUUGUACAUGUACUUUUAGAUUCUAGAGAGUUGAGUUCA